UUCAAAGUCAACAAAUUAAUGUACAACAAUAUGACAUGAGUACCCUGCCACUGACAAUACAAUCUAUUAAAUCUAAUAAAGAUAUAUAUAUAACUCCCAAUAAGGGAGAUAACCUAUCAAGAGAGAAUGCUAAAUCCAUGAAUAUAUUUACUAAAAUUUUUACUAAUCACCAUUUGAUAAGUAAUACUUCUUUAAAAGAUAUAACAAAAAAUUUAUUUAUCAAUCAUAAAAUAAUUAAUCCUCCAUUAAAUAGUUAUCAUUUAACAUCUAUCAAUGGUUCCAAAAUAUCAGCUCAUUCAAAUAAUUCUUUACCUUUUGAUUCUUAUGAAGAAUACAAGGGAGUCAAUAAAGAUGCCUUAGAUGAAGGUUUGGAACUAGCUUGGAUGGGGCAAAAGUUAUCUCAAAGGCAGCAUUACACUGAGGCUAUUACUCUUUUUAAUAAAAGCCUUUCCUUUUUGUUAAAUAGUAAAUAUGACAUUAUAUUUACAAGCAAUGAUUGUAAAGACAAUGUAACAAAUAAUGAUAAUAUUGUAAACAAUGUGGAAAAUCAGGUUACAUAUAUGGAUACCCUUGGGAGAGGAUAUAAAAUUGAAGAAAUAUUAUCUGCUCAAUUUCAAAUUGAUCAAAUAUUUAUUACAUCAUACAGCCCACAAUUAAUACAGAUUCUUAAUGCUAUUUACAGUCACCUUGGAAAUUGCCAUUAUUUUUUACGUCAAAAUAACAUGGCAUUUGAGUGUCAUAUUCGAGAUCUCCGUCUUACAAUGAUCAAUAACGAUAAGUGCGGGGAAUUUACAGCCUGGGGAAACUUGAGCAACUGUUUUAAGAUGAAUUCUGAGUUCGGAGAGGCCGUCACGUGUAACGAAAAACAGCUGUCCAUAUCUCGCUCCUUAAAUGAUAAAGAAAGUCUGAUUAAAGCCCUUUACAAUAUAGGAAAUCUCUAUCAUAUCGUCGCCAGGUUUCUCCACAAGCACGCCACUAAUUCUCAAGCUGGCACUGUCAGCAUAUACACCGAUAAUUUGGAUGAAGGGCUCAGGACCCAAAUAGUGAAAUGCCUGGAAAUGGCCUCUCAAUAUUACGAGGAUGCCUUGGAACUAUGUUCCGUUAUCAGGAACGAAGCCUUGCUCAGCAGAUUAUACAGCAAUUUGGGAGGCAUUCAUUAUCAGUUGGGUGAUUUUGAGAAGUCCAUUCAUUAUAACAAAAUGAAAUUGCAUGUUGCCAUCAAGAUGAACGAUGUCAUGGAAAAGAAGCGAGCCUUAAAAAAACUAGGGAACUGUUUUUUCUUUUUGGGGAACUUUCCCAUCGCUUCUCAAUGCUACGAGCAGGCUUCAGAGACCUUAGAUAGAGCUUACUCAAAUUACAACCCGCAUUUAAAACCCAACUACGUCAGUCAAAUCUCUCAUCCACUCGGGAGUACGAAAAGUUAUGAUGAUAGUAUUAAUCAAAACAAUACCGAUUAUCUUCAACAAGAUGAUGAAGAUACUAGUUGGAACUUAAUCGAUGACUCUCUUCUGAAUUCUAAUUACCCUUUCCUUUAUAACUCGAAGAUUCAGAAUUCCACGGUUUGUCAGAGGCAUUUAGAACAAGAGCAAGAGAUGUCGUUAAAUCAUUUAAACAACUUCGGCACAAAAUACGACCACAAAGGUGAAAGCACGCCUAUACCCUCCUCCAAAAAAUUAAUUUCCCACGUUCCCUUCUUGGGAGUUUAUGCGGAAGCCGGAGACUCGGCGGUGAACGUGGAUAUGCUAAACGGCUCCGCUUCUACCAUCAGUUGCGGCACAGCUUUUCACGGGGGAAUCGGGUUACCCCUAAGAAACCAGCGCGAUGAAUCAGCUAGAUCAUCGUCAUGCAUCUACAAACUUAGGAAACGUAAAAGCAUGGAGAACAUGGAACCUCUUGAUAUGAAUCAAACACCAACAGAUCGAAAGAAUCGCAUGAACGCGAACAGUCCUUUCAAUAUGGCUGACGUCCACGAUACACCAACCAAUAAUCCCAAACAGGGAAUCAACCUAAAUGUUUGUUCCAAACCCGAGUCUCUCAAUCUCUAUACGAGUGGAGAAGCCAAUAUCAGUGGCGGAACUAACACCCUCGGAACUAUCAAUGUUGAAGAAAAUGGCAACCACGGCGAUGAAGAGGUGGAUUUUUUUGACUACGUGGCCCGUUUUCAGAGCCAGCGCAUGAACGACCAACGAUACGAUGGACCCUCGACAAUCAACUUGAGCCUUGGACAGUCUUUUAUUAAAAAUGAGGACGAUGGUUGCGUAUCUAAAAUCGGGACGGAUGUGAAAGGUUGCAAUAAAGGAGCGGGCAAGGAGGGUAGAAGGUUGAGCAGUCUGUCCAAUAAAUGGACAAGUGUUACUCGUCGCAGCAGAAAAGGGAAGGAAGACGGCAAAGGAAAAAAGGACUCCAAAUAUAUAAGCCAAGAUAUAAAUCUAGAACAUAAAUUUUCGGUGAAGGAUCACAACAGCUACGUGUCUAAGCACCGAAAGUCCAUGUCUUUCUUCCCUUUCCAUUUAUCAAAAUCUAAUGGGAACAACGUUGAGCACACUCUUAUGGAUCGUAAAAGUAUCAAAUUAACCUAUAGUGCUGGCAACAAACCUAUUAAGCCAGAACCUAACUUUAGCGUUCAAAAGGAUGAAAAUAGCACAGUUGAAGCAGAUGACGAAAUUAUUGAUUUGGUGUCUAAGAUGCAAGUUCAUUAUUUCUUUAGUUGGAAGAAUCGAUGAUCAAAGAUCAAUUAUGCUCGGAUAAACUAAUUAGCAAAUCGCAUAAGAAAUAAUUUUAAUAAUUUUGUUCUUCUUUUAAAAAUAUCUAUUCCAUAUAUUUAUAGGCAAAUCGCUUUAUAAUUCAUUAAAUAUAUUUGGAUUGAAAUUACACAUAUAUGAAAUAUAUUAAUAUAAUAAUCUAUAAAAUAUUUUAUAAAAUUUCAAAUA